AUGUCGCGGCUGCAGAAUUUCAUCAACGGCGCGUACGUGGAUGUUCCAGAGGACCGGCCUACGGUGCCAGUGACGAACCCAGCGGACGGCAGCGUAAUCGGACAGGUGCCAGAGAGCACGAGAGAGGACGUGGACGAAGCGGUGAAGAUAGCGGCCGCCGCGCAGGCCAAGUGGGGAACGCAGACCUACAAGGCGCGCGUGCAGUGCUUAUUCAAGUUGAAGGCGCUGAUGGAGGAGUGCCAGGACGAGAUCGUGCAGAUCAUCAGGAGGGAGCACGGCAAGAACGUGGCGGAGGGCAAGGCCUCGCUGCUCAAGGGCAUCCAGAAGAACAAAACGCGGCACAAGCACGAGCCUCCGGAGGUCCUCGAGGUUUCCGUGGGUCGGCGCCAGGAGCUUCCGUGGGCGGUGCUGCCUCGCCCCUGA